CCGCCGCUCAAGUGUUGCAUGCUGAAGAGUCCCGACGCCUAGCAUGAAGAGCCGACAAAAGGGGAAAUGAAGAUGAAGAUAAAAGUGUGCCAAGGGGUUGGUGGCAUCAUCAUUGUUACCAUGGUUACCGGCUUUUUGUUGGUGUACAACAGCAGCUCUGGUGACAGAUCAGCUUCCUCAUCAAGUUCUUCGUCCUCAUCGUCCUCUUACCGUUUGGAUGCGCGAGUUCAGUCCACUAAAGUACCGGACAGAUCACAGAGACUCCAAACAACAUCUCUGGAGGGGUACUCAGGUGUCAUGGAUCAUAAGCCUCUGAACAUGCACUGCAGGACUUGUGCCCUGGUGACCAGCUCUGGGCAACUGACAGCGAGCAAGAGGGGCGAAGAAAUCGACCGCUCUGAGUGUGUUAUUCGUAUGAACGAUGCUCCCAGCCUCGGGUAUCAGCAGGAUGUCGGUCGGCGCGCAAGCCUGCGUGUUAUAGCCCACUCCAGCCUGCAAAGGGUGCUGCGGAGCAGGCAGGAGCUCCUCAACAUGAGCCAAGACACAGUGUUCAUCUUCUGGGGACCGAGCAGUUGCAUGAGACGUGAUGGAAAAGGCCAUGUUUACAACAACCUAAAGCUUUUAAACCAGCUGCUACCCAAACUUAAAAUCUACAUUAUUUCCAGGAUCAAGAUGCUGAAGUUUGAUGAACUAUUUAAAAAGGAAACUGGGAUUGACAGGAAGAGUUCCAACUCCUGGUUGAGCACCGGCUGGUUUACUAUGGCUAUAGCCCUGGAGCUGUGUGAUAGGAUCAACGUCUAUGGCAUGGUGCCUCCUGAUUUCUGCAGAUCCUCCUCCCAUCCUACUGUACCAUAUCAUUACUAUGAGCCCUCGGGGCCCAACGAGUGCUCCAUGUAUCUUUCUCACGAGAGAAAUCGGCGAGGAAGCCACCACCGUUUCAUCACAGAGAAGGCGGUAUUUGCAAACUGGGCUCGAACUCGUGACAUCCACUUUUACCAGCCAGACUGGAAGCCCUCUCCCAUCGUCACCACCGUGAAUGGCUCGUACACUGCAAAUCCAACCGGAUCCUGAAAUGCACCCCAGAGACGAUCCCCAGAAAUGUGAAAUAUGUGUGUGGAUGGUUUUCAGCGUUCAGAUUCCCUCUCUGGCCAGUAUGAAUACACAAGACAGCAGCAGGACAGAGCGAGCUGCUUGUGGCUGUUAGCCGACUGUCUAAGCAGCUUGGCAGAAUGGGAUCAUUGCGUAACAGCAGCACAAAGCCUCAACAAUGCUUUGGAAGUGUAACUCUAAAAGGAUGAAUUUCAUACUGGAAUCAAAGCCAUGAGGGUUGUCUCAAGUGUGCUUUUUACACAAAAUAGAGCCGCUUUAGUAACACUUGAGCUGUCAGAGAGGAAACAGGCAAAAGGAAAACAGUAAACACUGAAAAACUGGGUGCAUGUCUCAUCUAUUCUAUCAAUUAAAAUGGAAUAAAGGAUAGUAGUAGGCUAACAGACCACUUUACUGCUGGUGUUCACUG